AUGGAUGAUCAAACCAAAUAUUAUUGGGGUAAGAAAUUCAUUGAGAUUGUUCAUCACAAUCCAUUGGCCGAUAUACCUUUACUAAUAUUAGUAUAUCUAUCUAUCUAUAUAGGAAUUCCCAGCGCCUCGAUAGACUGGUGCGAACUAAACUAUACAGUAUCCCCAUUCAUAUGUGAAUUCUACAAUACAUUGUCAUCGCUCAUCAUAACAUUCUAUGCAGUUUAUGGAAUUGGACAUAAUGCAUUUCAUUUAAAGGUCAUUAACAAACAUGGAUUCCGUAAUAGAUUAAACCUAGGUUUAUUUUCACUUGCAGUUGUUGGAAUUGGGUCAUCAGCAUUCCAUGCAACAUUAUUAUACCAAAACCAAUUAUUUGAUGAAUUACCAAUGAUCAUUACUUCACUCAUUAUGCUCUACAUUCUCAUGACUGUCGGUGAAGAGGAUUCAAACAAACAAUCACCAUACAGAUUCAAGGGGGGUAUUUUGGGUAACACUUGGCUUCGUGUAGUCAUGCCAUACCUUUUAAUUGCAUAUGGUCUCAUUGUUUCAGUUUGGAUUAUCAUUAUUCGUGAUCAACCAAAGAUUUUACAACUUAGUUAUGGAAUAUUAAUAGUUUAUAUUAUAAUUCAUUCCUAUUAUUUGAUUAAAAAGAAGGGAUUGUCAUUGAUUGAUGAUCUCAAGUCACCCGAUGUCUAUUUGUACGUAUUUGCAUUUAUAGCCUUUUUGGUCGGAUUUGUAUGUUGGGUGACGGAACGUGUAUUCUGUAACGAUGGAUAUGUGGUACGUGGAUUACAGCUACAUGCAGUGUGGCACGUUGCAACGGGUCUAGGUGUAUUUGCUUGGAUUCAAUUCUUGAUUUGUAAUCUUUUACAAGCUAAAAACUAUACUGUCUCUCUUCACACUUUUAUCGGUAUUCCUUCAGUCUAUGCUAAUCCAAAGGCAAACUAA